CUCUGAAAAAUUUAGUCGCGAUAUAACAGUAGUCUACAUGUGCAGCAUAGCACCAUGCAUAGCUUGCGCGUGUUGUGUAAAUGGCCGGUCAACCUUGUUGGGGAAAGCGUGUUUGAACAUGUCCAGCUCUGACUCGACAAGGGGGAAAAGUGCAUCGGAAAAGGAGGAUAAGUCAGAGACAAGUGCAUGCAUGCCUGUUUACGAACGAUGCUGUUGUUCAAACUCUACACAAGAUAAGAUGCCCAAGUCGCGAAAGCGAAAGAGAAGCAGAGGACGACACCAUUCGUCAAGCUCGCAGAGCUCUUCGGAGCGACUUGGUCGGGGUAGCAGGAGGGCGUUCAUCGCCAUAACACACAAGAAACAAUCAUCAGCACAAGAAAUGGCAACUGUUCUUGCGAGUGAGCUCAAACCAGAACACAAGCUUCCAAAGAAAGAGAUCUGGGUAUCCCCAAUACCACAGUUUCUCAAGCUUCUACGAACAGUUGGAGCUCAGGGCAACACUUUCACAGCCAAAGAAGUUCUCUCUUAUCUAAUCAAAUACAUCAGCUCAAGGCAGCUUUAUGAUCCCAACGACCCGAAGAAUGUAUUCUGCAAAUCAGACCCACUCGGCCAAGUCUUCAAAGUCCAUUCAUUCACGAUAAAAGAUGCAAAGAGGUUACUCUUUGAGAACAUGAAGGUUCUUGAUAAACCACCUGAAAUGCCAACCAUUCCAAGAAGACAGUCCCUACCUGAAACAAGGAAAGACUACUACAUCACCUUCCGCAAUAAUCAAGAGCACACCCAUGAAAUGGCACCAGCACCUCCGUACCCCCUCCCCCAUCUGUACACCCACCCCGCCCCUAGGUCAGCCUACCAAUCGGGAGUCAAGGUGAUAUCGUCGGGGGUCGACGUCGCAGACGGGAUCGACAAGGAUUUCUUUGACCAGCAGGUGAUGGAGAAGAUGCUUGAUACAGUAUCUGAAGGAAGAGAAGGAGGUACUGACGAGCCCGAUGUUGGGAUCUCUGUGACUCCGCCCCCUCAGACAUGUCUUUCAUCUAGAAGGAAAUCACGCUCAAGAUCUGAGUCAUCCAGCCUAACUCUAGCCUCGAGAGCAAGUCACAGGUCAUCCCAAAGGUCAUCGCAUAGGUCAUCCCAAAGGUCAUCACACAGGUCAUCACAUCGAUCAUCGCAAAGAUCAUCACAUCGGUCAUCGCAAAGGUCAUCGUCAAAGAGGUCAUCUCUGAAGUCCGCAACGAAGAGGUCAACGGUGAAGAGGUCGAGAGGGGACGUGGCCGAUGGGCGUGGUCGAGAAGGUCGGCCGUGGUACUGCGUCUUCUACAACGCAGAGGAAGAUGUGAAGUCACAGAGCAGCGAGAUAUACAGUGUGCAGGGUAAGGAAACUGCUGUCGUUACUGACACUUCUGACGAUCUUUGGUUUAUGGACGAUGAUCGAUUCUCUGUAGAGUAUGAGGUAGAAGAUUCUGAGUCGGAGCCUGAAAGCAAUGAUGCAAGGUCAGACUCGACUACGACCGAGGCCGAGAUCUUUGUAGAGGUUGAUGACCUUGGCAGUUCCAGUGAUUCCAGGUUUGCUGAUGAGGACACCACAGACUCGGAAAUACCUGAAGAGGAUAAAUGGAAGUGCUCCGAAUGCAACCAGGUCAACAACCCUGUGCACGGCUACUGUUCCUUCUGCUGGGCUAGGAGAUCUGGUUGGCUUGCCGAUGAAGACAGGAAGAACCCUACAGAAAGAUUAGGUGACAAGCAUGUACUCCGUAGAGCCUUUUCUGCACCUGCUGGCUGCCAUCAAGAUGAGAUCCGUCAAUCUAGCGUCCCAGCGAGAGUCUUAUCACAAGCAGACAAUGCUCCUUGUGGAAGUGAUGAAGCGGGUAUUGGACAUCGAACAGCCAGUCCACUUCGCUUCCAGUCCAUUCCCAGGGAUUUUGCAGAUGGGAAGAGUGGUGAUGAGGGUGAAGAACAUAGCCGGAGUCAUGUCCAGGAGGAGAGGCACGUCUUCUGCCAGAUAUCCUCACCAGGGUUGGCACCGCCCCUGAGACCGCUCCAAGGGUUCCACGGCCAGGAUGGGAAAGCCCCCCUGACUCACCUGACAACAGUUCACGAGGCGUCUGAAGAAGCGAUCCCUUUGAAUAUCAACAGGCGAGCUCCUGCAUCCUGCACUCUUACCCCUCAUAGUAGCACGACUCAUGGGAAUGAAGAUCAGGGUGUCGGGAGUGACGUGUCUCAGAACACUCAAGGAGUUGCUGAUACUGUGUCUCACCACUCGAGCGAUAGCUCUGGGGAUGCUGCUGGAUGUACGCCCAGGAAGCGAAGGGCAUUACUGGUCAGUAGGGAAGACUCUGGCGUAUGCCUCAAAAGACAAUCUUCUGGCCAUUCUGGUGCGGAUAGUAUUCGACCAGUCGUCAAAAGUACCCUUCCAGUAUCAACUAAUCUGAUUCAGGCAACACCAAUAAUAACAACAGGCUGUAGCCAUGAGAAGAUGAUCACCAAGGUAGGAGGUCAAACAAGUGGCAGUUCACCUUUGGCAGGGCCAUCAAUUGCAACCCAUCCUAUGCAUCAUAUCCCAGUCAUGACCUCACUCACAGAGAAGACAUCAGUUGGCCCCCACCAAACCAUGACUCUCCAGUCGCCCCGACUUGAAUCCCCUGGUCUUACUUCCAGCACAACCCUUCCCCUUCCAAUCGUGGGCAGCUCCACGAUGGGCAGUGGGGCAGUUGCCAGCCACGCCCAGGAGCUGUGCCGAUUCUGCUGCGUGCGACCCAAGACGGCUUGCAUCAUCCAUGGCCGCACUGGCCACCAGGUCUGCUGUUACAAGUGCGCCAAGAAACUGAGGCGACGAGGUAAACCCUGUCCGGUGUGUCGACGCCCCAUUCAACACAUCGUCAAAAAUUUCUAUGCCUGACGAUGCCCAUUCCGUAGUCCAUGAGUUAGGUAGCUAUUGUGUCAUAUCUGAAAAAUACACACCUAAUAUAAUAUGUCAAACUUCAUCUCUAUUUGUGUAUUCGAGUGGUCUGUUUCGAAAGCAAAUCAAUGUAAUUAACACCUAAUACAUAGUGUACUGCACUCUCGAGUUCUAGUGCAUAGAAAUCACAUGUACUCACAAAUCUUGAUUAAAUACAGAGUGCAAAUAUUAUAUCUAUUGGAGAAUACUAAUGUUAAAUGGAUUGUUUAACUUCAUUAAAUAGGUUAGACAGGAUUCUCCUGAGAUAUUUUAGGCUAAUCGGUCACUUAAUUGCCGCGAUUAUGAUGACUACAGUCAUUGUGUCAACUCGAAUGCCUCCAGUGAACACUGGAGGCUAUGGAGGGAAAAUAUAAACUUUGCUUUAAUAUUGUGAGGCAUGUAAUGUUGCUUAUGAAGUAAAAUAUUCAAGGUUUCCUCUCGAAACUUCACAAUGCUAAUCGAUCCCUUAGGUUGAUAACGGCCUAUUCGGUGGAAACUGGAUGGCACUUGCAUUUGGCAAUUUCAAGUUUUAUACUGUAUUUGCCAGGGUUGGUGUUGGGCGAACAGUCGAGAGAUUGCCUUCCUUGAGUUUAAUUGAUCAAAACAAGUAUGAACACCAAGUUUGAUGCACCCAAGAACCCGCUUCGUUUUGUGUUUAGUGCUGUGCUGAUACAUGUAAAUUGUUCCAACGCCAACACCAAAAGGUCAACUCUGAACCACUGCACCAUUGAUCGUGUAUUUAUGAAUGAGAGAAUGUAGUAACCGUUAAAUUUAAAUCUACAUUAUUUGAAUCUGCUUCAAAAGUUGGUUAUAGAAAUGCUUUGCAUGUGGCAAUAGCGCUGAUUAACCAGUUUACAAGAUUGCCUAGGAUUGCCUGGGGCAUCGAAUUGUGGGUAAAUAGAAACCAGUAAGGAACGCAUUUGUGUAUGUACAGGGGUCAUAACUCGCGCUUCUGCUACUAGGCCUUGUAGGGCAUUCAUCAAGACCCAUCGUGAUGAUGCCAAUUGCUUUGGAUGCCCACCUGAACUGCCAUGCUAACCAGGGCCCCAUCUUACAAAGAGUUAUGAUUGAUCUGACCAACCUCGAGUAUUAUGGAAAUCCAUCAAUGUCAUAAGUUUUUUCUUUAGGAAUUUUUUUUUUCUUUAGAAAUUUUUUUACCUUGACAGUUAAUCACAUCUCGCCGUUUAGCAUCCAUUGUCUUUUUCGGUUCUAUUAUAUAUUAUUUCGCUCUAGCGUUCUAGUCAUUCAUGCGAUUUUAAGGCUAUAUUACGGUUUUGCGGUACCAAACACUUAUUUAUUUAGGAAUUUUCCACAAUGUCCUUUGAAAACAGAGAAGCACACUGAAUUGUCAAGAAAACAGCCAAUGUCUGAUAUACAUGUACAUCAUAUUUAGAAAAUAUUUUGAAAAACAUGUGUUUUAGAUGUUGAUGUUGCCAGCUUUCCAUAGAUGAUUGAUAGAGCUGCGACCCGAUAUCGGAACAAAUCGGCAUAACAUUUAAUGUGAAGAUUGAGACAUGGAAUAUCUUAUUUACAUAUGAAGACAUAUGAUCAAAUUCAAGACUACGCUACAUCGAAUCGCAAUGACGUCGUAACAAUCAUGCAAUCGCCUAAGAUUUGAAACCAAUCUAUACUAUAUUUUAAAAUAACGGCUUGCACUUGCCCAAAUUGUAAUAUCUGUAUUUCAUACUGUUAAUUAGACUCAAUGAGAAGAAUCUAUUGAUUUAUAUGUCAGAAAAGAAGCGAUUUCUUCCUAAAUCAGGUCGAAGGCCUGUCGUGAUAUGUGCGGUGGCCUUUAGGCAAUUGAAAAAAUACUCUCACCCCUAAGGUCUUAUUGCUAGGGUCUAGUGAUAUCAGCUAAUUUGCCAGAUCAAACCAUACGCCCUCAUUGAUGCACUAGAAAUGCUUUUACUAAUUCAGUUUUACAACAGGUGGUAGAUUAUCCUGUGCCAAGUUCUACUCGAAAUGCUCAGAAUGAAAUAGAUAUUAUGAUGAUUUCUAUGUGUAGGUUGUAUUCAGGUGCUAGAAAUUUUGUAAAUAUCUUUCAUUAUUCUGAACAGGUUGAAAGUUGUAUUUGGUGUUUUCAAGUUGAGAGACCAGUCUAGCUAGUCUUUGGAAUUGAAUAUUUGAAUUUGGAUUGAAUUGAAUAUGUGUGUGAUGUAGGCUUAUCAAUGUGCAAGUCCUUGAGUAAGAAAUGUCUCAGAACGAAAUGGAUGUUGAAAUGUUUUUGAAUUGCCAAUCAUCAGGAGUCUGUGUGUACAGUAGGUUCUAAAAUGGGAAAUAAUUUCUAUGCUUGAAUUUGCUUGUUUAUAUUAAUACCAAUUGAUAUUUAUUUCAAUUAUGUUUAAUAGUUAUUGUUUGGCUGGAGAGGUUAUUCCAAAUUCUGCAUUUAAUAGUAAGUACUGAGUUUUGUAUUAUGUGAUCACCGGCCUAUUUUCUAGAAAUUUCAGUGUGUUUUUUUUCUUCUAAAUUUACACAUAUCCAAAGAUUGAAGAAUUUGAUGUGUAGAACACAAAACCAAAUUUGCAUUUUAGAAAAUGGGACACUGGGGAGUUAAGUUUCUGAGCUUGUUCAUUAUAAUGACAUAAAAUGCCCAAGUAUGUUUUUUUUACCCCUUGGCUUUGUGCAUCUAAGUUGUAUCUUCAUUGUGUAUAGCAUUUAUCUCAUAAGAUCCCUACCAGGUAUUUUAUUACAUGCAUUCAAUAUUCCUAGUAUUUGCAGUAUUAUAUAAUUCAUUACUUUCAUAAUAAUAUCAGAAAUCUUGAUCUUACUUGUUUUUCCCUUUUGUAAAUUCAUGCCAUCCGUGUUUCAUAUGUACUGAAUUAUGAAUAUAUUUCAGAUUUUUGUUGUAUUGUUUCUUUGCAUCUAUAGGAGCUCUUUACCCUUCAAUCUUAAUACCCCUUAAAGGGUCCUUAUAAGAAAACAGGUAUGCAACAAAAUAUUGGAAUCAUUGCAAGAAUGUUAAACACUCAGUAAGUGGGAAUGCAUGAUAUUCAAAUAACUAUUUUGGGGCACCUUUUCUUCAUCUCUUCUUUUCAGUAGGAUAUUCCAAGGAAACUGCCAAGGUUUCUGGUGUCGCGUGUGAAUAGACCUCUGUAUGCUUUCUCCCACAUGUGAUUUUAAGUUUGGUGUUGGUGUUAGUGCCGGUGUUUAUAGAGUUCAACCCACCCACACCAAAUGUGGGUUUCUGGAAGCGAUAUCAAUCACAUGGAUAGCUUAACACCAAGCGACUGAAGUCUAACCACUGAUCUUUUUCAAAUUUGAGUCUUUUGGCUGGUGUAAAUUAACCCAACACCGACACCAGCUGCCAACACCAAACUUGGAACCACCUUAUGUAUAUAUACACUUCUUGCACAUAUGUAAAGUGAGAUUAAUAUAUUUGAGAGUGUACUAUAUAAAAGCUUUUAGAAUAUUAUAUUGUGAUUAACAUUAAAAUUAUACAUAUUAUAAAGGAGAUUUUUUGGGAUUUAAAAGUGAAAACAUUCAAAGAAAAUGAGUGAUUUUUCAAAAUAUGCAAAAUGAUGAGCAUUCUGCAGAAGCAAAGGUUGUGUAGACUGAAUUUCCCCUGUGUACAUUUACAUUGUAAUUUAUUUUAGAGAUUUUGGAUGGGCGAACAUGUCAUUCACAGUCAAUAGAAAAAUGCGAGGAUAUUCUAUGAAAAAUUACCAAAGAGAUAAUAUUGAUCGUUUGAAAAUUGAAGUCAUACAGGUGGAAGAAAAUGUCUGUAAUACUACUGUAAGUGCUUUAGAAGUGUAGAUUUUAGUGCAAUUGAUAAGUUUCGUAAUGGUAUAAAAGUAACACAUUUACAGUGGUGCUAAAUAGUUUAGUGAAACCAGAAAAUGAACAUAUUUAAAGGGUUCGAGUUCUGCCAUGCUUUGGAUGUUGAAUUGUGAAGUCACGUUAUGAAAUAUUACAUUCAAUAAAGUUUGUUUCUCUGGGCUCGCUGAACAUUGUAGGGCUGUUGUCUCAAUUCAACACUCAGCACGAAAGUGUGCAUUUUCUGGUGGGGUUCACCAACCUCUAGCACCACUAUAAGUAAAAACAAAAGUAGUGCUUGUUCCAGAUGUGUGGCAAGAUGAUUAAUCGGUUCUGCACAAUUGGUUGUUGCAUAUGGUUAAAAAUCUCAUGGCUAUUUUUGUCUAAUAUUAAACUUUAAACGAAAAGCAGAUUUAUGUCAGCAGAUUUUACGUAAGUGCAGUGAAAACUAGAGUGUUACAUUCCAAAUAAAACGAUAAAUAAAAAAGAAAAAGAACAUGAAAAACAGGAAAAUAUGCAGAAUUUAUCUAUUUAUGAAAUGUCAAUUACAACAUUGGUAGUUGAGAAUGUUAUCAUACCCAAUGAAAAAAGUGAUCUUUGUUUAUUAGCACUUAUCAUAAAAGAAUGGUUUGACUCUCUCUAUAUAUUGAAUUAUACUGGUAAUGUUGGCUGUUAGUUGUCUACAUGUAUGAAGCCAUAUCAUGUGAAAGUGUAACAACUCACUUUGUUCUAAAUAUUUAUGCUUUGUAGUGCAUGAUUUGUGUUGAAUAAUAUAUUUUUUUGCAGUAAACAUUUAAAUAAGUGUAUCAUUUCCUGAAGUAUUCCUGUAUGUGAUGGCACAAUGAAUAGAUACAUGUAUAUAU